CCUAGAGUGGCAAGGCAGCGCCGGCAGGAAGAGGCGGGGCUCGCGGGUUGGUUUCUUGCCGCUACCAUUGGAGGAGCGGUGAGGCGGGGCCUGUUUGAAAGCGGGCGGAAGUGGCGCGGAAGCGGGAUGCCUGUGGAGAGCAAGAUGGCGGUGAGUAGAGCGGAGGGGAGAGGGAAUGUAUGCAGCUUGAUGCAGGCGGCGCAACGACCAGGUGGGCGAAUGAGGCGCUGACGUCAUGCAGGCGAGGCCCGCCAUUAUCCAGCGGGCCGGAUAGGCUGCGCCUGGAGCGGGAGGCUCCAUCGCGGCUCAUCUGCUCGUGCGGGGAAGAGCAGGUGUCGCAGGCCGAGGCCCGGGGGCUGGAGAUCUCGGGCCCUUGGAAGAGCCGCUGCCGGCCAGCGAGGACGCAGGCGGAAUAGAGCCGCAGAGUUGGGGGGCCCCCAGGGGUCAUCCAGCAGAACCGCCGACGAGGCAGGAAUCGCAGCAGCUGAAGAAACGCUGAGAGGCGACCAGAUCCAGACUCUCCUUGAGAACCUCCCAGGAAGUCCUGCCGAAGCCUCUGGAGCAGCAGCAGACCGGCUCUCCAGUCUGAACACCCUGGACUCCUCCUGUGUUCAGAGCAGCUGGGCAAAGCCGGCAGGGUUGUUUUAAGGUCAGGAGGAGACACCGUGCGGAGGCGUCUCUUGCCUGGGCCUCCUCCCUUUGGUGCACCCACUUGGUGGGAGUUUCCCAAGGCAGGCAGGAUGAGAAGUGGCCCAGUGCAGGAAGGCUUUUGGCCCUGGCACAAUGUGGCAAGGAGGACAGGGAGGAAAUCAGAAAGUGUUGGCUUCGGCUCUGGCCCCACUCACUGGCUGGUCAGUCCUGAUGAACACCCGCUUCCUCUGUCCCAGCUAGCUCAGUACUGUCGACUGGCAGCUGCCCUCCAGCAUUUUAAGCAGGGAGCAUUCGCAGCCCAACCCGGCGAUGCCAUGGGGAGGGGGUUAAACCUGAGCCCUCAGUGGGCUAAAAUGAUGACUGUUUGAUUCCCCCAAUUUACUUUAAAACAAGCUGGAAACUGAGUUCACCUGAGCCCCCAUUUCUCCCACCUUGAUUUAGGACAAAGAGAAGAAGAAGAAAGAAAGUAUAUUGGAUCUGUCUAAGUACAUUGAUAAAACCAUCCGUGUGAAGUUCCAGGGUGGCCGGGAAGGUAAGCAGAGUCUCCAUAGCACCUCUGCUAUUGGGGACCCGACACUGUGCCUGUCACCGCCUCUUCAUGAUUCAGGUCUGAGGACGGAUCUGUUCUCCUUUGCGGCCAGAUUACAUCGCUGGUGUGCAUCGUCCCUGGCCUAAUCCUGCUUGCUAGGGAAUCACCACUGUAAUAUGCAGAAUGUAACUGUAACAUCACAGCUUUCUGCGUUCAGCCUUGGCGUGGUUCCCAACGGCUCCUGACUGUUUUUCCUUGUUUUCCCACAGCUAGCGGUGUCUUGAAAGGAUUUGACCCCCUUCUAAACCUGGUGCUGGAUGGGACCAUUGAGUAUAUGAGAGGUGCGUUUAAGACCCCAUGACCCCCCUGUCAGGAGUUCAGCCUACACCCGACUGGCAUGUUCCCUCCCUCCUGGUUGAUCAUUCGAGAGCUUCAUAAGCUUUCUUCAGCCCAAACAUCACAGCGACCGAUGCCAACAGACAUCGGCACACUUAUGGAUCCGUAGAGUUAUCGCAGCAUACGCAGGACAGACCUCAGCAAUUCAGCAUGUUGGCUAAUCUAAUUUAUUUACAUAUAAACACACACGGAGCAUUGCAACAUGGCUUCCUCUUUCUCUAGCAUCAGACAGCAAAGAGAAAAGAACAAAGGACAAUAGUCCCACUUCACGGAACACAGUAACACAAGCAUCCUGUCUUCAUCACUUCCCACUCUGUGGAGUCAAAACACACUGUCAUGUGAUAGACAACAAUCCCAUGACUGCAAUCAUGGAGCAGGAAUUCUAACACCCCCCACAGCAAGCAGGUGACAGGAAAGGAGCAGGCUCUUCUCCAUGAAUUUUCCCCAUCCUCUGCAGGAUCAGGCCAUGGUCCUGCUCCCCCUUUUCUGUAGUGACCAACUAGAUGCCCCAACAGACAGAGGAGAACAAAGCCUCCCAACUAACUGGGCUGGUUCUGUGUAUCACCCAUGGCUAACAAUCAUCAAGGAUACCUGUCCAGUCACAGGUUGUUCUGUUCUCCACCUGCUCCUACUCAGAGUAGACCCACUGAGAUUCAAGGGCACAGCUGGCUUGGGCCCAGUAAUUUCUGUAGUUCUGAGUGGGAUACAGCCUAGCGCAGCUGCCACAGCUGAUCCCAGGGGGCCCUUGUCUUGCUGAGGGAUGUUGAGCCUCAGCUCCUGUCUCUGGCUGCCACCUGGCUCCCAGGUCUGAGUUCCAGGCGCUGACUUUGGUGCAGAAAAGCACCCCCAGGGCUUGAGAGCAGGAUAGCUGGCAGGACCCAGUGUUGUAGCUCUUUCUGGGCUUUUUCCUUUGCAGAUCCAGAUGACCAAUACAAGCUCACAGAGGACACCCGUCAGCUGGGACUGGUGGUCUGCCGAGGGACCUCAGUGGUCCUCAUCUGUCCCCAGGAUGGGAUGGAAGCCAUUCCCAACCCCUUCAUUCAGCAGCAAGACGGCUAAGCCACUCUGGGCUCUUUCUGCAGCUAAAAUCUUGAGAGGACUCGGAGGGCCAGCCCCCGCUGACAAGAAUGGACUUUCUUGCAAGGGGAACAUAUUUUUGUAUGCUAUGUUUAUACUGGCAAAGGACCUUGUUAACUUAUGUAAGGUGGUUGUUACUGCGUUUUAGUUACCCCCCCCCCAUUUUGACACUAUGUCUCACAAGGAAGAAGGCGUUUUGUCAGGAGAUGCCCUGAAAACUAUUUCAGAAAAUAACCUUGUUUUGCUGUGAACUUUUGACUCUAGUCUAGAGCCACUGAAAUAGCUUGCUGUGUUUAUGUAAAAUAUUACACAGGAAGAUGAGGUUUUUUGUUGUUGUUCCUUUUACCUCUUUGGCAAAGGCCACAGCUGUUCCUACAUUGGCUUGCUGUUCUGUUCUCAGAGCUUUGGAGGGGACUGCCCAUUUCCCCUUUGGGUUAAUGGUGUCUGCCUUCCUUUCUCCAGGAUGGUUGUCUGCCCAGGAGGGGUCAAGCGCUUUGCCAAAUGUCAAGAACUGUAAUGACACCUGUGUCCAACUCCUCUUAAUUUCCAGGCGGUGACUCUUUCCUUUUUAGGAGAAUUCCUGAAAAUCCAUGAAUAAAACGCUAUCCAAAACUGACCUAGAA